AUGCAUUUGGCUAUGUUGCAAUCUGUGUUGGCCAUAAUGGCCUUAAUCGGAAGUUCCCUGGCAGCCAUUGCCUCAUUGCCCAAUAGCCAGGAAUUUGCAACAUCGACAACAUCCUCCUCGUUGGUAAAUGUUGAUAGUUUAUUAGCAUUUCCUAGUGAAUUGGCGGCGGGUACCGCUGAUGACAGCAGCAGCAGUAGCAGCAGCAACAACAACAAUGGUGGCAAUCAGCAACAAAAGGAAUUCAGUUCAAGUCGUUUACAAAUAACACCCUGCUCCCUAAGUGAUCCCAAUAAAAAUGAAUGCAUACGUGGUCUGUUUAUGCAAAUAUUGCCGGAAUUGAAGCAAGGACUACCAGAAUUUGGCAUGGGUUCAUUGGAUCCUUACUAUUAUAAUCGUGGUAUUUUCCGUUACGCCAGCGAGGGAAUUCAAGGUGGCCUGCUCAUCAAGAAUAUGCAAAUUCAUGGCAUUUCAAAUCUGCAAGUGAAAUCUUUCAUUGGUAACUUCACCGACAACAGUUUGAUUGUGAAAUUGGGUUUGGAAAUUAAACAACUGAAAGCUGAUGGACAAUUUAAGGCUGAUGUUAAAUUUGGUGGAUUGCGGUUGGUGCCCAAGGGACCCUUUAACAUUACCAUUGACAACAUCAAAGCUGUGGCCCUCACCGAUGGCAAAUUCAUUAACAACGAUGACAAUGGCAUGAGACUGCAAUUGCAACGUUUAAAUGCCAAUGUGGCUGUGGGUAAUGCCAAAAUUAUUGCCAAUGGUAUAUUUUCCGAUCGUAAUUUGAACACCAUGAUUUUGAAUUUGGUCAAUGAAAAUCUGCCGGAAAUCACCCGUGUUGGCAUCCCCGCUACCCGUGACCAAUGGGCCCCCAUUCUAGUGGAACACAUUAAUAAUUUCUUUGCCCAAGUUCCUUUAGAGAAAUUCAUAACACCUUAA